AUGGCUAAGUCAGGAAUUGCAGUAGGAUUAAACAAAGGUCACAAGGUUGCCUCCAAGGAAGUUGCCCCAAAAAUCUCAUACAGAAAAGGUGCUUUAUCACAAAGAACCACUUUUGUUAGAUCAAUCGUUAAAGAAGUUGCUGGUUUGGCUCCAUACGAAAGAAGAUUGAUUGAAUUGAUCAGAAACGCUGGUGAAAAGAGGGCUAAGAAAUUGGCUAAAAAGAGAUUAGGUACUCACAAGAGAGCUGCUAAAAAGGUUGAAGAAAUGAACAAAAUAAUUGCUGAAUCAAGAAGACAUUAA